AUGCAGUCAUUCCUCAAAUUUUUGGAAAGAAUUGGUUUCGCUAACAAACUCCAGAACCCUCUCAUCGAGCGCCGCCCCCGCAACUUCGGUAUUGGCCAGGACGUCCAGCCCAAGCGCAACCUCUCCCGCUUCGUCAAGUGGCCCGAGUAUGUCCGCCUUCAGCGCCAGAAGAAGAUUCUGAACCUCCGCCUGAAGGUCCCCCCUGCCAUUGCUCAGUUCCAGAACACUCUGGACCGCAACACCGCUGCCCAGACCUUCAAGCUCCUCAACAAGUACCGCCCUGAGACCAAGGCCGAGAAGAAGGAGCGUCUCCACGCUGAGGCUACCGCUGUUGCCGAGGGCAAGAAGAAGGAGGAUGUCUCCAAGAAGCCCUACCACGUCAAGUACGGUCUCAACCACGUUGUCGGCCUCGUCGAGAACAAGAAGGCUUCCCUUGUUCUGAUCGCCCACGACGUUGACCCGAUUGAGCUGGUUGUCUUCCUUCCCGCUCUCUGCCGCAAGAUGGGUGUCCCCUAUGCCAUUGUCAAGGGCAAGGCUCGUCUCGGUACCGUUGUCCACAAGAAGACCGCUGCUGUCCUUGCUCUCACCGAGGUUCGCGCCGAGGACAAGGCUGAGUUCUCCAAGCUCCUCUCUACCAUCAAGGAGGGCUACACCGACAAGUACGAGGAGUCCCGCCGCCACUGGGGUGGUGGUAUCAUGGGCUCCAAGGCCGUUGCCCGCAUGGAGAAGAAGCGCAAGGCUGCUGAGGCUGCCGUCAGAGUUUAA